AUGUUGAAACAAAAUGCAGUAAAUCGUGGGACUGUUUCUCUAUAUACUAUAUUCUCUUUCCCAGCGGGAAAACGAACUCACAGGGAGGUCCGCCGUCACAGCUUUUCAGCGGCUCAGAGGGAUUUGCCUGCAGAAGCUCCUGACCUCACCGGCAACCUCGUGGAUCGCGACACCUCUCGGGAGCCACGUAACGCCAAAACCUGCGGCUUGUCCGCACCGGCUCUGCCAGGCCGGCCGCUCCGGCCCCCCGCGCGGUUCGCCAGCACCGCCGGGCAGGGGCCGGAGGCCGAGGGUCCGCAGCGGCGGGUGGUGGUGGUGAGGAUCACCAGCCCCUUCGCCUGGCUCCGCACCCGCUUCUAUUAUCUCCUCAUCCGCCUCUACUUCGACCAGGAGUUCAGCAUCGAGGAGUUCACCCGGGGGGCCAAGCAGGCCUUUUCUGUUGUUUCAAAGCUGCUGUCUCAGCGUAAACUUGACCUGCUGGAUGAACUUGUAUCAGCAGAGGUACUUCAGGUGCUGAAGCAAAAGAUUUCUUUGCUCCCCGACACUCACAGGGAUGCUUUAGCAGCUGACAUUGAUGCAAUCAUGUAUACAACAGAAGGAGAUGUUCGCAUUUACUAUGAUGAUGAUGGAAGAAAGUUUGUUAGCAUCCUGAUGCGUUUCUGGUAUCUGAAUGGUGCUAACCUACCUGAUGAAGUACCAGGCGAAACCAAAGUUUUCCAGAUUGUGUUUGGAGAUGAAAGCACAAAAGAAAAAAGACAUCUUUUAACAGCAAACUAUGAGUUCCAAAGGGAAUUCACAGAAGGAGCAAAACCAGACUGGACAAUUACACGGAUUGAACAUCCAAGGCUAUUAGAAUAAAUGCUUUCUACAGUCUUUUUAUGUACCAUUGUAAAUGUUCUGAUGUAACAAAUACCAGGCUUUUUUUGGUCUCUUUUUUCCCCUCCUGCCUUCUCCUCCAAAAGAGGAAUGAAUUUUGUAUGUUCGAUUUCCCGAAAUUGUUUCUGAAACUUACACUAUGCUGCAGCAUUACAAUAAAGCCUUUUCCCUGGAACAGGCUAGUACAAGUUUAAUUGGUACUAAUGCUCAUCCAAGGCACUUACACAGCAUAGUUUCACACGGGCCGGUAUUACGGGUAUGUUGACUUCUUACAUUCUGAGAAGAAAUGGUACUACUUGAAGAUAAAUUCAUGGCUGGUGGUCCUUCU